UUUCCAGAUACUCGUAUAUAUGAAUUGUAAAAAAAGUCAACUUUAUAAAACGCAUAUCCUGGGGUUCCCUCCUGCACGCAAGCCUUUGCCAACUUCAUUCCAUUCGGGUUCGACUUUUACUUUAUCAAGUUCAAUAUUGCCAACCAUAAGUACCUCAAAGCGAAGCGCGCAUUCGUUGGAACCGUCGUUCUUUGAUGAUGUAAGCUUAUAUUCGGUCCAUUGGAAAAAGGGGUUUUCAUUCUAUUCAACUUUAUGCAGAUUAUCCCCACACCGUGGUACAUUUGGUUCAUUUGAGCGGAGUAGUACUAGCCUGACAUAUUUCGAUCUUUUAUUGUAAGCAUGUGUACUCUCAAAAAAUAAAACCGUAUCCUCUUGACUUUUUGACUUGAUUUCCCUAAACACCGUCUUUUUGCGUUUUCCUUUCUUGGCUUUUGCAGUUUCUCUUUUGGAGCGUUGUUUUUGGUAGAAAGAUAACUUUGCUGGAGCUGCAUCAUCCACAUCAUCAUCUACUUCAUCGUCAUCCUCGGCCAUUGAAGUGUUUCCCAUGUAUGUCAUUAAAUACGACACAUGAACCAGAGGAAAUACACACCAACCACAAGUACUUCCAAGUUUGGUGAAUACUGGGUUGUGAUGAUCGAAGAUGCAAAUUAAAGACUGGAGCUAAAUGUUCAACUUUCUCAGACAAUGUCCUUUUGGAAUUCCGGGCCACCGUGUGACUUUUGUUCUCAAUCUAUUUUUCCUAAAAAGUUCCUUUCUCAAUCCACUGAUCCUAAAAAGUUCUGCAAUAAAUGUCAAGUGAUAUUAUGUUCGAAAUGUGUCACUGUACAUGAAGACAAGCUCAAAUAUCUAGCACAUGACAUUGUUGAUUUUGAAGAAAGAAAGAUCCUACCAUUGCUUCCUGAGUGCAAUUUUCACUCCAGCGAAAAAUGUGUAGCCCACUGCCAACUAUGCGAAACCCAUGUUUGUCUAAAGUGCAUUCUUGGUGACCACAAUGAGCACAAAAUGAAAGACAUGGAAGAUAUUUUCAAUGAAAAGAAGAAUGAAAUCGAAGAAGAUAACGAAGAAAUUAAAUCGACUAUUAUCCCUAAGUAUGAGAAGGAAAUAAAAAAUGCAGAGAUUGAAAUAUCAUCUAAAACAGCCAAAUCUGAAGAAAUGGAAAAAGAAAAAGAAAAAUAUAGAAAACAGUGGCACCUAGAAGUAGACACCAUCUUCAACAAACUGGAUUACUUAAUCAAGUCCAAAAGUAAAGAUCAUACCUGCUCUUUAAAAUCCCAUCAAUCCAGGUUAAGAAACCUUGUUCAAAGUAUGAAACAAACAGUUGAACAAAAUGAAAAAAUCCUGAAUACUAACGAAGUGUCUGGAGUGAGCAACUACAAAUCCAAAGUACAGGAAUACAGAGACAUGACUCCUGGUCACAUUGAUGUCGAAAUUCCUUCACUGAAUACAAAAACGGACCAAGAGAAUGAACUUUGCAUAGAAUUAGAAGAAUACAAGGCAACACUAACGCAGACAGGAUUUUCCAGUCUGAGCGAAGAAGCAUCUUUUUUAUCUACAGGAGAAUUAUUAGAGAAAGCUAAAGUGAUUUCCACUGUUCCUACUGAAGUUAGACCUCUAUCUGGAAUGGCCUGUGUAGGAACAGAUGAAAUCUGGGUUAGUUUUGGUGCGAUGUUUAGUCAAGAUAACCAAGUCAUAAAACGUGUAAACAUACACGGGGCUUGUCAAAAUUCUGUCACCACCAUGGGUAAACACAGUCCUGGUGGUAUAUUUGUGACCGGAAGGGGAGAGCUGAUAUACAGUGACUGUGAAAAUGAUACCGUGAACCUUGUCAGAAAUGGGAAGACAGAAGUAAUGAUCACCCUACCAAAAGGCUGGAAACCAUAUGGACUGUGCUGUACCAGAUCGAAUGAUAUCCUGGUCAAUAUAAAUAACCUUUCAAAAAACAAAAUAAUAUACUAUCAGGAAAGGGAAAUCAAACAGAAUAAAGAUGCACAGGGAAAAUUAAUCUUUGAAGGAGGAUUUUGCCAACUCUUUGUUGCUGAGAAUAUCAAUGGAGACAUCUGUGUCUCUGAUUCUGAUUUUAAUCGUGGCAUUUUAUCCACAAUUGACAUAACAGGGAAAGUUCGAUUCCAGUACGACGGUACAGCAGCCAAGAAAGAGAAGUCCUUUAGUCCUAGAAAUACAGUGACAGACUGUAUGGGUCAUAUAAUCGUGACAGAUUACAACAAUGCUUGUCUACAUAUCCUAGAUCAGAACGGAAAGUUCCUAAAAUGCGUGGACAAUUGUGGUCUUGAUAGUCCGCAUACUUUGAGCAUUGACAGCUUAGGGAGAUUAUGGGUAGGAUCAGAACAAUCAGGAGAGGUGAAGGUGAUUCAGUACAUGAAAUAAACAUCUAAUUAUGCUUGGGCAAGAUGAGUGAGAUGGUCAUUACCAAUUGAGAUGUUAUGUUUGAACUGCUUUUCUGAAAAACACUUCUGCACUCUGAAUUAGUGUACAUGUUUUGCAGUUAUCUGUUUAAUUAUAAUAUUUUUAAAAGCGUUGUAAAUUGUGAAAGUUCAGACAUAGUUUUGACAAUAUUGUUAAUACAGAAUGAACUUGUGUGUCAUUUGUACUGUUGAGUGAUAAAUGUCUGAUUCCUUUGACAAGGUUUUUUUGGUCUAUGGAAAUUGAAUAGAAUGUAUGUACAUAGAGUUUCCUGAUCAAGAUAAUUAACAGAAUUUUUUCUAGCUUCUAAUAUGUUUUAUGAAUCUUCUUUAUAUAAAUCAAAGUAGUUGAAAUUAGAGGUACUGUGAGCACUGAGCUCAAUAAUUGAUACCCCGGCCUCCCAUAUGAUUAUAGUGGCAAAGUCCAUGUUUUGGACUUGGAGACCCGAAAGAAGUGUCAAAUCAAAUAGCAAAGUAGCAGGUGUACAAUGGCAUUAUGUAAUAAAGAAUCUGUAAACGUAUUAUUAAAUUUUAUUCCGUUGUAUAAGAGGAAUUGUGGAUAAGAGAUAUGUCUCAGUCCUCACAAUACCAUGAAUUUUUUUAUCUUUUGAAUGACCACCUUUUG